AUGUUGCAGUUGCCCACCUCUGUGCCUCUCCAGCCGCUGGUGUCUCUCAACGGCAGCCAGGACUCUACGACGAACCCAAACCCCCCAGAGUACCUCGAAGACUUCCAAGAAGACGACGACUACGACGAAGGCUGGGGCCUCUUACAAGACAUGUCGAAGUCUACACCAAGCCCGAGAUGGGUGAAGCUCGAACAAGCUGCCAAGGUUGUCGGCAGCUGGACACUGGCUGCCGCUCUCCAGCUUGUUCCAAGCUUCCUUCGAUUUCAGAAACCUGCGAGCCCGACGCCGACUGUAACAACCAGCCCGGCCAAGAAGCUGGCAUCCCUCGACGGCAUACGCGGCAUCGCCUGCCUCAUCGUCUUCAACUUCCAUUUCCUUUACCCCUACACAUUGACCGUCAUCCACGGCUUCAACCCCGACAGCAACGGCGAGCAUGUCUAUGCCCACCAAUACCCCUUCCUAUGUCUCGUAGCCCGUGGCCGCGCCGCAGUAUGCGUCUUCUUCGCCGUUUCGGGCUACGUUCUCAGCCACCGUUUCAUCCAGCUCGUGCGCCAGCGCAACCUAUCGAAAGCGCACUCGUCUCUGGCCUCGCUGACCUUCCGCCGCGGUAUGCGGCUCUUCCUGCCUCCGACCUUCAGUAUCAUCAUCAUCGCCCUUGCUGCUUGGCUGGGUGCAUACGAGCCAGGGUGGAAACUCAAGGGCAGCCCGUGGCAAGGCGGAGAGUGGGAGCCCAACCCUGACCGCCGCCCGGAUCUGGGCACCACCCUGCGCGACCUGUACUACAGCUGGUGGGACUGGAGCAACCCGUGGAACUGGAACCCGAUGUAUAUCGAGUACGACCCGCACCUGUGGACGAUCCCGAUCGAGUUCCGCAGUUCCAUGGUGCUGUUUCUUGCACUGCUGGGUACGGCAUCACUCCGUGGCUCGUGGAGGGGUUCGCUACUCUGGAUCGGCUGCGUCUACUGUCUCUGGUAUGGCCGGUGGGAUGUCGGCGUGUUCCUAGGCGGUGCUGUCAUGGCUGAGUUGCACCUGUACAUUGCCUCACGUUCCUCGCCGUGGUCGUGGCGGACUGUAGUAGGACGGGUAAAGCAGGGUAUUGGCAGAGGCCGACUCCGCCUUCGGGUCUCGUCCUCUUCCGCCUCGACCGCUCCACGCGUAGUAGACCUGGAGCAAGGAAGCCCUGAGCCAACUACCAAGCCACGUACCCUCAUGCCUCUAUCCAUCUUCUUCACCACCUGUCUGGUUCUCAUCCUCCUCUCCUCUCUAUUCUUCCUCUCAUACCCGGACGCCCGGGGCAGCUCGACACCCGGCUUCACCGUACUUUCCCAGUACCUCACUCCGCGCGCCUUUGGCGACGGCAAGUACCUCUUCUGGCACGCCGUCGGCAGCAUUCUCUUCAUCUUCUCCGUCCCGCUGCUCCCAAGGCUCGCGGCCUGGGUCUUCGAGAACCCCGUCGCACAAUACCUCGGCCGUAUAUCCUACGCGCUAUACCUGUGCCAUGGCCCCGUCAUGCACUCGCUUGGAUUUGCGGUGCAGCCGCUGAUCUUUAAAAAUGUGGUGGGCGUGUAUAUUAUCGAACCUGAGGAGGGCGCAACUGCUGGUAGAGACGCGCCGGUCCAGUGGGCCGGCGGGCAGAGCGGCUGGUGUCUAGGCCUUCUCCUAGGCUGGUUCAUGUGUCUUGUCAUUACGAUCUUUGUAGCAGAUAUCUUUUGGCGGAGUGUCGAUGUCGGGUGCGUCAAGUUAGCGAGGGCCGUCGAGAUGGCAAUGGUCAGGCCACCGGAGAAGAUUACUGGAGCGGAGUCGGUAGCCAGCGAUCAGCAUAUUAUACCGAUGCGUCAAGUAUCGUGA